AAAGCAACCCGCGGCUUAAUUCCGCGAGUUAAAGCAACCCGCGGUUUAAUUCCGCGAGUUACUUUAUUGCAGUGCAGGGAAUCUUUGACUGAUUACCUGCAAACCGGAGAGGGAAUUAAUUUCCUCUCGGUGAGAGAGCCUUACUCGCAGAACAAUUCCGCGGGUUAGGCUCUCUAUAUAUAUGAGAAAAAUUGCCCUGAGCGCUCACCACUUUCAUCAUUCCCUCAUUUUCUCAUAGAGCAGCUCACUCUGCACAGAGAGACUUUCAUUCAUUCCCUCACUGCCAAGUAUAAAAGCUGUAUUUUCGGGGAAAAAAGACAAUUUGACGGGAUCUAUUAUUAGCUAACGUGGACUACAAGAGUAAUGACGACGAAUGAACUGCCAUCCUUUAAAUUUUACUGGAAUGGUACAAUAAUAACUACUCCGGGUGGAGUUGAGUACAUCUCCGGCAAAUCAAAAAUAGUUAAGGUGAGGAGUCUAAUAAAUUAUGGACAGCUGGAAAGGUUAAUUAGAAGGGUAAUUGGAUUGAACGAUGGUGAUGAGAUAGUGGAAAUUUAUCUAAGAGUGCCACGAUUCGAUGAAAGGGGCAAAUUUGUUAAAUACGAUGCGUUUCCUAUGAAGACAAAUGCUCAUAUGUCAGCAAUGUUUUAUAAUGUUUCGCGGACGCCGCAAAUGAGGUUACUUGAGUUUUACAUAAUAUACUACAUAGGUGAUUCAGACGACUGUGAUGAUAGUGGUGAGGAAAAGGUAGAAAAUCAUUUCUAUGGGGCCGUUGAUGAUGACGACGAGGAUGGUAAUAACGACGACAGCGGUGAUGAGAAUGGAGAGGGUGCCCAAAAUGCUGAGGGUGUUGAGGGUUUCCAUGAUGGUGGUUACAUGGGACGAAAUACAGAUCCUUUUCAAUUGCAGCUUUCUUAUGAGUACACGCAUCAGAAUGUUGACGAGAUGCAUGUCAAUAUAAAUCUGUGGCCAAAAAACAACACAAUAUGGGAAGUUGGAAAAGAGUUCCAACAGGGGAUGGUCUUUAGUACGAGGUCUGUUGUCCAGACAUCUGUGACAAGUUAUCACAUGCAAGUGCAGAGAGAAUACAAGAGUUGUCGCACUACCGACAAAAUAGUAGUGCUUGUGUGCAAAAAUGAUGACAUUUGCAAUUGGAGGUUUCGGGCCUCGUGUCUAAAAGACGAUGCAAAUUGGACGCUGACAAGAUAUAACGGCCCCCAUCAAUGCACCGGCCAACUAAUCACCCAAGACCAACGAAAUUUAAGAGCGCGACAGCUAGCUGAACACAUCAAGACGCAAUUGCAAAUGCAGCGUGACAUAAGGAUUAAAACGCUUCAAGCAGGGAUUUUCCAGAGUUACGGAGUGAAGCCUCGAUAUAAGAAAACUUGGUAUGCCAAGGAAAAGGCCAUUGCAAACAUGUUUGGGGAAUGGGACGACUCUUUUGGCGAGAUUUGCAAUUUUAUGUCAAAUGUGGCCGCAACUAAUCCUAGGACAGUGUGGCAUGCUACCGGUACCCCCAUAGUGCGGACCAAAGAAAAUGAUCCUGAAAUUAGAACGUUCAAGCACAUGUUUUGGACUUACGAGCCACUAGUGGCGGGUUUUCAUUAUUGCAAGCCUGUCGUGUACAUCGACGUCGCCCACUUAUAUGGAAAAUACGAAAUGACGUUGUUGAUAGCUUCUGCGAUUGAUGGAAACAACCACAUCAUGCCGAUAGCUUUUGCCCUUAGGCGGUCGGAAACUAGCCCGGCCUGGAAGUAUUUCAUGAGGAUGUUGAAGAGGUAUGUUUUGCAUCAGCGAAAGGUGUGUAUUAUAUCUGAUCGAGUUGAGGGCAUUAUAACUACCAUGGACGGGCCUGACUGGACCAUGGACACCCACAAGUUCUGCAUUCGGCACCUAGUGAGCAACUUCCACACCGCUUUUAAAAGAAAAUAUCUGAAGAAAUUUGCUGAAAAAGCUGGACGCGCUUACCAAGUGAAGAAGAGAGACAAGUACAUGGGAUUGAUACAAAGAGAUUCUCCUCAGGGCUAUGCGUAUCUCGAUGCUUUUGACCCUGGAAAAUGGAGCAUGAGCGGCGACACAACUGGAAUGCGGCACGGUGUGAUAACAAUAAACUAUGUUGAGUCAGUAAAUGCAAUGUUAAAGAACAUUCGCGGGCUCCCUGUCACCGCUAUGCUGGAAGCAAUUUUUAACAAGCUUGUUUCCAUAUUCACCAGGCAUUCGACAUCAUAUAAAGAGUAUUUAGCAUGUAAUUAUGAGUGGACUCCAGUCUGUGCACAUACAAUGCAGCUUCAGGAACAAAAGUCAAAGACUCAUACGGCUGUUCUGUUCAAUGUGGACCAGAAGAUAUACAAUGUCACGACGAGGCGCGACAAUGUAAGACAAAAGGGUGGUAAUACACAGCAAGUCAAUCUGUUGGCUAGGACAUGCACUUGUGGAAAAUUUCAGCAAUGGAAGAUUCCAUGCUCCCAUGUAAUAGCUGCAUGCACCCAAUAUGGAGAGAACCACCGCCAGUACAUUGCUAGGUUUUACAGAUGCGAAUAUGCAAUCCGAGCGUGGAGUGCCGCUUCCUUUCAACCCAUCCGUGAUCGAGAUUAUUGGAUUGCUUCCACUGAAAUUCCAUUUAUUCCUAACAGCGAAUGGAUGAGAAAAAAGGGUAGGUCGGUUGAGAGUUGGCGACGAAAUGAAAUGGACUAGACAUUUAGAGAUGGCUCCUAUGCCAACUAUUGUAGAAAAUGUCUUACCUAUGGUCAUAACCAUAGGUCUUCUCUUACGGAUAAGGCGUGAUGUGAGGAUUGCCAUUUACUUUUAUGACGUGUUUGAUAUGUUGUACUCACCUUAUGUUGUACUAAAAUUGUUGUACUCGCAUUAUGAUUCAGUGUGUCAUUGUGCCUUUGCUUUUUUAUGGAAUAUUUUGUUAAUAUUCAUGUAUGAAUUCAACAAAACAUUUUGGAGUGUCUGCAAA